GUCUCUGUGGAAGGGACGCAUGCGCAGUGCGCGGUGCUGCUACAGGACUGAGCUUUACAGCUGGAGGAAACAGACAUGACUAAUGUUAACCCUUUUGAAACAUACUGAGAAACUACGCACGCGAUCUGAAGGAUAACUGCGAUCACACAUGGAUUACGGUGUAGUGAGUUCGGGAAACAGGACAAAACGAAAGACUUAAAUCAUUUUCGUCACGUGGCCAAGAAAGACCAAUGGGAGCGAAGCAAAUCCAGCGGAAAGUAUGUUCUUUGUUCGGGUCUUUUGCCAACCUUAUGCCCAAAUCUGCGCCUUGUGCUUUACAAAAAGCCCCGGAUGUGGACCUGGAUGUACGGUUUCGCUACAAAGGAGACGCAGAGGAUACAUUUUUUUUUGGUUUUGGCUGAAUGCCACGUGUCGAAGUUUGUGGCAAACAGUGCGCUGUGCGGGCUUUCAUCACGUGACCCCCCUCCCCCACCCCCACCCGGAGCUGGCGAUGGGGAAGAAGGCGGACAUGUUUGAGCGAAAUGUGCUGGGUAAAAAGAAUCGAGGUGGAAGAAGAGAAGAUUAUUUGAAGAAACGUUUCGUAUUGUUAUGGAAUUUACCAGUCAACAUUUGUAUUUAUGUUAAAUCCAAGGUUUUUAUUUCAUAUCUUCAUUAUUUAUUUAUUGUCUUUUGGAUGAUUUUAAAUCCAGUUGAACUGUAUUUUACUUUGUUUUUAACAUCGUAGUCAAACGUGUUUUUAAAGUGACGUUGAUAGGACCUAUGGUUACCUUCCACCGUUUAUUAGAGUGACAUUGCUGUGGAAUUUGUAACCUUGGUGUGGGGGAUGGGCGCAUGUGGUUAGGUAACCAUUUUGUGGUUGUUGAUUUUCAACAUGACGGUUAAUUCAAAGGAUUCCGUGGAUGAGCAAUAUAAUUUAAUAGUUUGGAUUCGUUAUAGAUUUGGUUUAUUUUUAGUUGAGGCCUAAUAUAGUAUUUGCGUGUUUAAGCAUCAGAUUCAUUUUGGUUUCUAUUUUCUAACUAUUUAAUGGAAUUCAGCGCGAUGGUCUUUUAUGUUGAUAAUGCAGGACAAACACGGUAUUUACUUUGGUGCAGUAUGAGGUCAGUAAGAAAAUCUGCUGUGUCAUUCAACAGUUGGUCGUUUUCAAUUCCUAUGACCCAGGCGUCAUUUCUUCGUUUGGUGUAACGGGUUCACAAGACUGGUCGCCUUACUCUUACAGUUAAAUUAAAUUUAAGUAUGCGAUGUUUUUGGUGUGGCCUGUGUGAGACAUUGAGGCCUGCAGUGGCUUUGUACUCAAAUGGUGGAAUGUAUUAUUCUACAGACGAACGCUACUUCAUUAGUGUUAGUAGUACGAAAAACAGGUGGCUUUUUGCGUGCUUUGCUUAACGUUUUACCAGACAUUUCGUUUAAAUUUCUAUUAAUCUACAGAAGUAAUAUACUAUGUCUGGGUGCUUAAAGAUGGCGCCUGUAAGAUUAUUCCGAGCGACCGAAAUGCGGACAUGCCGUGGCGAGGAAGAGAACGAGUGGGGUGAGGCACUCGAGGGUUACACGUGACCUGAUGGAAGAACCAAUGGCCCUCUUGAUGUUUACCCUGGAAGCCCGCGUUAGGACUAUAUUGACCAAUCACCGACGUCGCUUUGCACACGUUGACGUAAUGUAAUGUAAGAAGGAGGGUGGGCUGCGUCGAUGUCCCCGCGUUUUGUACAGGAUUAAAUGGAGGAACCAGUUACAGACACAUAUCUGUAUUACUGAAAAGACCGGGCCAAUGGUGUGGCGCAUUUUCAUUGACCGACAGCAAAAACAUGCGAGUAGGUUGGCCCUCAAAGAAAGUCAGCGAGGUUUCUAAACCUAGGGGUGUGGUAACUUUAACGGACGUGUUGAACAGCGAAUAGAAACUCGAUGGGUGUGGACAGUCUGAAGUCGACUAUCCAAUAGGACUAACGGUAGGUCUAUAAAGACGAGGGUGUAGUCGCAUCGUCGCCAUUUCAACGAAGCAGAUUAAAGGAGUUCACCGUGGCGGGGAGCGGAAAGCUGACGAACAGACGGAUCCUGGUCUGAGUCUAGCUAUAAACAGAAUCCGGAUCCAUCCUGAUGGAUAUGGCUGUUAACCCGCUCCUUGACAGCUCCCUUCUCGGGGUGGAGGUUGGCAUUAUGGGAGUCACAACCAUGGACCAGAGUUCUGGCACAGCUGGAAAACGCAUCAGAAAACCAUCACUGCUCUAUGAGGGCUUUGAGAGUCCUGGGAUGCCCCCUCUGAGUCAUAUGGCCCCCUCCGGACCCCCACAGCCCCUGGUGAGAGACCCCAGCCGACAGGGCAGGAUGACCAACCAACUUCAGUUCCUACAGAAAGUCCUGCUGAAGUCGUUGUGGAGGCACCACUUCGCCUGGCCCUUCCACGAGCCUGUUGAUGCCACCAAGCUCAGCCUGCCUGACUAUCAUAAGAUCAUCAAAAAUCCCAUGGACAUGGGCUCUAUUAAGAAGAGGCUAGAAAAUAACUUCUACCGCAGUGCCAGUGAGUGUAUGCAGGACUUCAACACCAUGUUCACCAACUGCUACAUUUAUAACAAGCCUACAGAUGACAUAGUACUAAUGGCUCAGUCUCUGGAGAAGGCUUUUCUGCAGAAAGUGGCUCAGAUGCCCCAAGAGGAAUUAGAGCUGCCCCCUCCUGCUCCGCGGAUGAAACAAGCCAAGCCAGGAAGAAAAGGGAGAGUCACUGGAGGAGUGACAACAGCUCACCAGGUCCCUGCCGUAUCCCAGUCGGCGUACUCUCCCCCCACUCCAGAAACACCCGACUCCAUCCUGUCCACCCCCCCACAGUCACACAUGAGCAAGCCCCCACUUCUAACAACUGAACAAAGCAUCGCCACCAUUACUGGUCUGCCACCCACACAGCCCACCACUAAGAAAAAAGGUGUCAAGAGGAAAGCAGACACGACCACCCCAACCACUGUAGCUAUGCCCAUCAUGAGCACCAUGGGGGUCAGCGGCAUCAGCCUCGGGUUGGGCGGUGGGCACGACUCCCCGCUCACCCUCACGUCCCUCGGAGUGGACCACAACGCCACGCUGGCAAUGACCCAAGGCCUCGGCCUCACCCAGGGCAUGGGGAUGGGGAUGGGGAUGGGGAUGGGCAUGGGAAUGGGGUGUGGAACAGUGAUGAUGGGUACCAAAGCAGCGGGGGGCAGGAGAGGAGUGAGUGGCCGAGCCAUCAAGCCUCCCAAGAAGGAUUUGCCUGAUUCUUUGGUGGUGACGCCGGUGCGCCGCAGCAAGCUGAGCCCCCAGCUUCGCUACUGCAACGGGGUCCUGAAGGAGCUGCUGUCUAAGAAGCACGCGGCGUACGCCUGGCCCUUCUACAAGCCCGUCGACGCCUCGCUGCUCGGCCUUCACGACUACCACGACAUCAUUAAGCAGCCCAUGGACCUCAGCAGCAUCAAGCGUAAGAUGGACGGCAGAGAGUAUCGUGAUGCCCAGCAGUUCUCUGCUGAUGUUAGACUGAUGUUCUCAAACUGCUACAAGUACAACCCUCCUGAUCAUGAUGUGGUGGGCAUGGCCAGAAAACUGCAGGAUGUCUUCGAAUUCUGCUUUGCUAAGAUGCCGGAUGAGGCUCCAGCCCCGCCAAGCUCCUCCUCUUCCUCCUCCUCCUCCUCUUCCUCGUCCUCUGAGAGCGAGGUCAGCAGUGAAAGUGAGGAGAGCGAGAGCAGCCCCAGCUCCGACUCUGAGGAGGAGAGGGCCAACCGGCUUGCAGAGCUGCAGGAACAGCUCAAAGCUGUACACGAGCAGCUCACAGCACUCUCCCAGGGCCCCAUUGUCAAACCCAAGAAGAAGAAAGAGAAGAAGGACAAGAAGAAGAAGAAAAAGGUCGAAAAAGAGAAACAUCGAAAGAUAGAGGAAGAGGUAACCCCCAUCAGGCCGCCCAAGGUCACCAAGACUCCAAAACCCAAAAGCAACCGAGGAACGGCCGGUGCUGUGGUGCCGGUCAAGAAGGCGCCAAGCAAGAAAAACAACAAGAGCAAAACCAAAAAGGGCAGCAUGACGUUUAGCAUGCCUCCGCCGGUCCACGACCCGAUAGUGAGUCACUACGACUCGGAUGAAGAGGAGGAGACGGCGCCCAUGUCGUACGAUGAGAAGCGCCAGCUCAGCCUGGACAUCAACAAGCUUCCUGGGGAGAAGCUGGGCCGCGUCGUCUACAUCAUCCAGUCCCGUGAGCCCUCGCUGCGAGACACCAACCCAGAGGAGAUCGAGAUAGACUUUGAAACCCUGAAGCCAUCGACGCUGCGGGAGCUGGAGAGAUACGUCAUGACGUGUCUGAGGAAGAAGCCCCGCAAGCCGUAUGCGAGUAAGAACAACAUUGCCGGUAAAUCUCGCGAGGAGCUCGCUCUGGAGAAACAAAUGGAGCUGGAGAGGAGGCUGAUGGACGUCAGUGGUCAGCUGAACUCUGGGAAGAAGCCCACGAAGACCAAACCAGAGAAACCAGCCACUGAGCAGCACACCCAGCCGUCACGACUCAGCGCCAGUAGCUCCUCCUCUGACUCCUCCUCCUCCUCUUCCUCCUCCUCAUCCUCGGACACAAGCGACUCUGACUCCGGCUGAGAGGCAGGAGGUGCUUCCACAUGGAAAGGGGUCACGUGAGGGACCCUGGGUGUUUGAUUCCCACUGAGCGGACUGAACUGCCGAUGGAGCCGCGGUCAGACGAGAGCAGCACUGGGCCCAACGGGCCCGACUCGACUAGUGAGAGACCCAGAGAGAGAGACGGGGCUCCCAGCGCUCACCCAUCCAUCCUGUCCUGGACACAGACAAGCUGAGCGGGGGCGGGAAGGAGGAGACGAGUCCUGGCGUUCUCCAGAGAACCGGGCCAUGCUGGGCGGAGCGGGGGACGCUCCAUCUCCUGCAGAGAGGAGUUGGGAGACGAGUUGGAGGGAUUAUGGGUGCUAGAGCCGGAAUCUGUCUUAUUUCUGGAGAUAAUUUCCCUCCUUCCUGUGCUCCUGGUCUUUAUUCUGUAUAGAUAUGGUGUACAGUUCUAUAAAUAUCUAUUUUUCUUUUAUAAAGAAGCAUUUUAUGGAGUAAUUUAUUCCCUCAUUCUGGGAAAGACAAGCUGGUCCGAGCGGAGACGUGUUUUAGUUUUUUUUCUCCCUAAACGCGUGUGUGAAUGUGUGCGUCGGUGUUUGCAUGUGUGAGUGAGAUCCUCAUAGUUUUGACGCAGGCGUUAAAUCAGUCUGCACGCAGAAGCACCUUGGUUCAGUAGAAUACAGAAUGCAUGCAAUACAGAGGAGCUGACAAACAUCUGCAUACUUCACACGUCCUGACGUACUCGCCCACUGUACAGAAAUGUUUCUACAAACUUUUGUCGUUCCCAUGUAUGCCGUCUAUUUUUUCUUUUCAUCCAUUUCAAUUUCUCUGUAAACUUUCUUCUUUUUUUUUGUUCUUGUGACCAAUCUGUUAAUAAAUUGUGGGGACGUGUCUUGUCCACUCACCUUUGCCCAAAUAACAUCUCUGUUCUUCUGGUUUCUUCUGGAGUUUUGAUUCAUGGGGUUCUUACAUUGAUGUUUAAAUCAAGUAUAGGUGAAGCAUUUUCUGGUUGAUUGUCCCAUGAGCCAUCAGUUCUUAACACCAUGGUAACACCAAAGAGUGAACGGUAUUUCUUACAUUGUAUCCAGUUGUGUUCUGUAGUAACUUGAGUUUAAUCUAAAGGUUUCUUUAUCUGAGGGGUUUGAAGACAUGGUUCAUAGCAGGUUGGUUUGGUGAAAUCUUUGCUCAUUUCUGGGGUUCAGCUGCCAGUUUAGAUAAAACAUGAGUCAUGAUGGUUGCAAUGGGGAUAAAAGUGAUGUGUCCAUCUUGUUUUUGUAUGUUUUCAAGUGAAUAUUUGAAAGGUUUUUUCAUUAUACAGAAAGUGAUCAAAAGCUUUGUUGAAGUCUUCUGUAUAAACUGCACGAAAGGACUGUCAGGAUUGUAGAAGUGUACUUAAGUCUUUUUUUCCAUCGGUGAGUAGUCCUGUCUUUUUUUUUUUUUCAGAAUUGUUUUUGGGCUCAAAUUAUUCCGAUAUCAGUCUUACUUUCUGGUUUGUCAGAAAUCUAAAUGCGUCUGUACUUCAUUUAUUCUCCUGAACAUCUGUACAUAAAUAAAUAGAAAUGUUCUUCCGGUCCCUGACUGGGGAAACUUCAUUUACGGUUA